UCUUCAAAGUCCGAAAUCAAAGAGUGAGAAUCAAGCUACAACUUCAAAAAAAUUUAAAUGUCUACCACACAGUUUUCUCUUCUUGUAAUUUACCUUCUCCUUUCUCUGAACUCUCUUGGCACAACCAUGGGUGGAAGAAUCAUUCCCCCCAGUGCUCCAAGCACAGUUACGAGGCCACUGGUAUCCUCAGAGGUUGAGAACUACGUGAAGCCGCUGCUGAAUCACAAGCACAAAGCCCUGCAAGCAAGAGAGGUCAAGGGUUGCUUGCCAAAAGGUUCGAGGCAUAACUCUGCUCCUAGCAGAUUCGUCAACUACAAGACUCUCGGCUCUGCUGGCUGUUCCAGAAUGCAUUCUGGAAAACCUUGAAUAGUUCAAGAUAUUCUUCUCAGUAUUUUGAGAGAACAAUUUUGUAUAUGGCUUUUCAAACAUGAAAGGUGACACCAGAAAAUCACUUAUGAUGAGGGUUGCAAUUUUCAAAGAUGUGCAUCGGAAGGUGAAGAUGUUCUUAUAUAUUGUAUAAAUUCGGGAGACAUUACCCCAACAUUGGAGAAAGAAUUAUGAUGUUUGUUUGAAAUGCUUAGGAUGUGAUGCUGAUAGAUUAGUUUCUAGGAUUCGAACCAUCGAAUGAAACUCCGGGAUAUAUAGCUACUAAUAUGGUUAUGGUAGGUAGUGUUGUAGUUUUGUAGAAAUAUAAACACCCUUUAGUGUGAUUUGUAGUUCAAUUUUGUAUUGUG